GAUUAGUUUUCAGUUUUCACUUUUCGCAGAUUUCUUUAUUAUUUAGUAUUUACUAUUUAGUAUUUAAUACUUGAUUACACACAAUCGGCAUAAGUAUAAUUAAUGAAUAAUAUGAUUCACUGCAAUUCACGAUCGUAGCGAAAACAACUACUUUUAAUAGUGACGUUUACAGACUUUACACAUACUUUAGUUGUUCACCAUAGAAACUAUUUGAUUUUAAUCAAUCACAAUGUCUUUCAACCGGCUCGGCAAACUUACGAUUAACCAAACCCGGCGGUAUCCCGACGUCUCGGCCUCAGGGCCAGGACGGUCGUGAUGAGUCCACCAGUCCUUUCGGCUGAUAUGCUGGUAUCGUCUAGGGCAGCCACAGACUAUAUUAACAAUAACAAUAAUAACGAGGACGGAAGCCGUUGUAGCAAACCGGCACUCAAUACCGAAGAGCUGGCGCUGUUAGCAAAACUCGAGGAGGCCAAUAGGCUCAUCGAGUCGGAUGCCAAAUCGUUGAAUUCCAUAUCAAACAACAGCACGCACUCCAGGAAGAGCUCCGAUGCAUCUCAAAUAUCACUAGUGUCCGGCACGGGAUCCAGCCAGGAUGGCGAAGAGGACGUAUGGGGUCUGUGGGGCCAAGUGGUCAACGACUGGGAGAGCUACAGCAAGAAAAAGAACGCUUACCUCAAAGAACUGGUCCGCAAAGGCGUUCCGCACCACUUCCGCGGCAUCGUCUGGCAGCUCCUGUGCGGCGCUAACGACUCGCCCAUUAGGAAACAGUAUCCGGAGUACAUAAAAGCUACUUCCGCUUGUGAAAAGGUCAUAAGGAGAGAUAUUGCGCGCACAUACCCUGAACACGACUUCUUCAAAGAGAAAGAUGGCCUGGGCCAGGAGAGCUUGUUCAAUGUCAUGAAGGCGUACUCGUUGCACGACCGUGAGGUUGGCUACUGUCAGGGUUCAGGAUUUAUCGUAGGUCUGCUGUUGAUGCAAAUGCCCGAGGAAGAAGCGUUUGCGGUGUUCGUUAAGAUAAUGCAGGACUACAAAAUGCGUGACAUGUUCAAACCAUCAAUGGCCGAACUCGGUCUUUGCAUGUACCAGCUGGAAAAUCUGGUUCAGGACCACAUUCCAGAACUUUAUGUACAUUUCCAAUCGCAGAGCUUCCACACCAGUAUGUAUGCAAGCAGCUGGUUCUUGACGUUGUUCACUACGGCACUAGCAUUACCAACUGCCUGCAGGAUAAUAGAUGCUUUUCUAUCAGAAGGAAUAGAAAUCAUAUUCAAAGUAGCUUUGGCAUUGCUUCAAUUAGGCAAAGAUGAUCUCUUAAGCUUGGACAUGGAAGGAAUGCUCAGAUUUUUCCAAAAAGAACUUCCUUCCCGUGCCAACAAUGAUCCGGAUGGCUUGAUGGCAUUAGCAUUCACUAUCAAGUACAAUACUAAACGUAUGAAAAAACUCGAGAAGGAGUAUACGGCCAUUAAGAGCAAGGAACAAGAGGAAAUGAUCGAACUCAAGAAACUUCGAACAGAAAAUCGACUACUCAGACAAAAAGUAGAACUUCUUGAAGCCGAGUCGAGUGAGUUGGCUGGUCUAUUGGUGAGAGGACAAGUGUCUCGCGCGGAAGAAGAAGAAACUACUUUUAUUGUUCAGCGGGAGCUAACAGCAUUACGACAUACUCAUUUGGAAACAUCGCAUGCACUCGAGAAUGCUCUUGAAGAAAUUAAACAAAUGUCUAUUCUGAUAACAGAAAACCACAAUUCUUGUCAGUCGUCUCUUGAUGAGCUCUCGUUAAAACAAGAACAAUUGUCGUUAAAAGAAGAAAUGAUUAAAGAUCUUCAAGAUGAAUUGGUAAAAGUGAGAUUGAGGGAUGCCGAGAAUGAAGCUUCAAUUCGUGAUCUUAAAGACAGAAUUGGCGAAUUAGAACACGACAAGCGAACUCUUCGAGAAUCGGUAGUCGACAAUUCUGUGGCACAUUUGCAAGAAGAACUGAUUGCAGUAAAGUUGAGAGAAGCUGAAGCCAAUUUAUCUCUAAAAGACUUGAGAACACGAGUAAACGAAAUAAAUACUCAGUGGCAACGCCAUUUACAAGAAAAGAAAAGAGUCGACCCUCCACCAGCACCUGAUUCAACGCCUAAAAAGAUAGGUAAUCUCUUGAACUGGAAUAAUGCUGAAACACAGCGGCUUGAAGAAGAGCUAAUGUCAACUAGACUUCGUGAAAUGGAAACUUUAGCCGAGCUCAAAGAAUUAAGACUGAAGGUCAUGGAGUUGGAAACUCAAGUCCAAGUCAGUGGUAAUCAACUGAGAAGACAGGAUGAAGAGAAUAAAGCUUUCCAAGAGCAGCUGGAACUUGCAGAAACAAAACAAAGAGACCUGGUCGUUAAACUUCGUGAACAGCAUAAUAAAUAUACGGACUUGGAAUCAAAGAUGAAACACGACAUAAUAUCAUCAAGAAUACGUGAAGCUGAACAUGCUCAAAUGGUUGCUGAAUUAAACCAAAAAAUAUCUAGAUUGGAAGUUAAAAAUGAAGAAAUGGUAACAGAAGGCGAGCUCAGAAAUAACUCAUUGGACGACAGUGAUAAAGUUAAAGAACUUCAGGAUAAAGUAGCUGAUCUCAAAGCUGAAGUGAUGCGGCUAGAGGCAUGGAAACAGCAGUGGGUGAACAACGGCAAUGCUCUGCCCAACAAAACUGAAAGGUCAGGAUCAGUAGAUACGACAGAAAGCGAGGUGGACGACUCAGCUGAUCUCCACCUCCGUCUGAACAGUUAAAAUCUACUCUCCACUCCUUUACUAUAGUCAUAUUAUCGAAUUAUGUCGAUAACAAACUAAAGUGAACUAUUAUUUUUUUUUUAUAAUAUAAUUAUAAUUAUUCAAGACCAAUCCACUAAAAUAGUCUUAAGUAUUUUUUGUUUUUUUUUAACAUGGCCAAAUAUUUGUUGCCGUCCUAUUAAUUUUUUUUAAAACGAUUAAUUAUUCCAAAUAUUUAUAUUUAUUUGUUUCUUUUUUUUUUUAAAUAUGUAUUUAAAUAUUAUUUUUAUCUAUAUUUUUUAGUUACCUUAUUUUUGUACUUAUGGCAAUAUUUUUUUUCCAAAGAUGAUUUUAUAUUCUAUCCAAAUCGAUGAAACUCAACGUUGCACAAAAUUUGACGCACAUACAUUCUACAAUGGUGCAAUUUUAUUAUAAUUUAUUAUACAUUUUUUUUUUUAAAUUGUAGGAUAUACCCAUACAUUCAGUAUUUAACUAUUUCAUAACAAUUUGAUGGCAAUGAUAUUUUCCCAUUAAUAAUAUGAUACCAAUCCAACAGCUAUAAAUAUAAAUAAGUUUAUUUUUCAUAUAUGUAUAAUUUGAUGACUAUUAUUUUAUAGGUUUUUGUAUAAUUUACCUUAAUACUUAAUGGUCAGUAUUGGGGGUACAACAACCAAUACGAUUGUUGUAACUCAUCCUAUUUAAACGGUAGCUAAUGUAAUACACUUUUUAUGAUCAUUUUAAACAAUUACCUUGUAUUAUACUACUAAAAAGUAUUUCGAUUAUGUAUUUUACGAUUUAAUACCCAGUUUAUUAAAAUUUUAAUAUUAGUUCACUUGUAUUAAAAAUAAUAAUUAUUGUGUUGUGGGUAAUUUGCAUCAGUAGUCAUGUGUGCAUUAAACAACAAAUGGUAUUGUCUGUUGCAAAAUUAUUGUAUGGACGUAAAUAUAAUAUAUCAUGUGAAUUCCAAUUUUUAAAUCAUUCUCAUUAACAAUAAUAUAAUAAUUAUUGAAUAACUACUAUUUAAUAUGUAUUAUUUGUAAUCUUAUAUUUAUAUAUCAUAAGUUAUAAACUAUAAAUAUUAUUUUGUAUCUAUGAAAACCCAAAUUGAUAAAUAGAAAACGAGAUGGCUAAAAAAUUAGAGAAAAUAGUGAUGUGUUAAAACCUAUGUAGUUUAGUAAUUACCGAUACAUAGUCAUGAUGGAACCGUGUUUGUGUAUUUUACAUUUUUGUGAUUUUGUUUGUUUGUAUCGUUUUUAUACGUCAUAUAUUAUAUUGAAUAGAUGUAAACAAAUUAUUUAUAUAAAUAAUAUUUAUAAUUAGCCGCGAAAUUAUAGC